AUGAGUUCCGAAACCCAGUUUGCUGAAAACAGGACCCGCUUGGUCUCCCACUUUGAUGGCUACAGCACCCGGGAUGCACAGAGCGACGGGUGGGCCAAACUGUGGGAACAGAAGGAACAGGAUCUGUGGGAUCGUGGCCAAGCCUCGCCUGCUCUGACUAUGUUCCUUGAAGAACACCCUUAUCGCGAGACGCUGUUCCGAGACCAGAGUCAACGGCAGUUGAAGGCAUUUGUGCCUGGCUGCGAAAUUUCCCAAGGAGCAGUGGAUACCGCCAACGAGAACGUCAAAUCUCAUCUAGAUCCUUCAGCUGGCCAUGUCGCUGACGUUGUGCUCGGCGAUUUCUUCCAAAAGGAAUUUGAGGCUCAUUUCGGACCCGACUUCCAGGGUUUCGAUCUAAUCUAUGACUAUACAUUCCUGUGUGCCCUGCUUCCUGAGAUGCGAAGAGAUUGGGCCGAUCGCAUGAAGAGCCUUUUGUCGCCAACCGGUGUUCUCGUGUGCCUCGAAUUUCCAAUGUGGAAGCCUCUGAAAGCUCAAGGUCCGCCAUGGGGUCUGAACGGUGUACACUGGAACCUCCUAGCCGAUGGUGCGGAUGGCCUGUUCGACGACUCCGGCAAUCUUCUCGGAACAGGAAAGGAGCAGGGCUCGUUCGAAAGGGUCGUGUAUUGGAAGCCCCCGGUGUCUUUCAAACAAAGUCGCGGCGACGACAUGAUUAGCGUCUGGAAGUUGAAGCAAUAG